AUGUGCGGAGUCGCUCCCCGUCUAGAUAAGUCCCCGAGGCGAACUACGACGCUUUCACUCUCCGCUGCAUUCCUUCUCCUUGAGGGACCCACCCACGCCUUUCCUAAUGCGUUAUUCGAGCCUGCCUACACUGACAAGCGACCGUCUCGCGCAGGAAAGAAGCUAAUCAGUGUUCGCACGUUUGCAUUGUGCCUCACACCGACAGCUCGUAAACGUGCUAAUCCAUACCAGGUCAAGGUCACACAAGCCAUGUUUGAGGGACGCAGUCUGGCGUGCAACUCCGAUUUUGGCAGACAGCAAAACCGUCUGCACGAGGGCGCUGGGGCCUGCGUUCGGCACUGGACUUGCGCAUUGCUUCUUUGA